GCCAUUUCCUCUGAAAUGGAAAAUCGGAAACUCGUUUCACUUUUUGAGUUUUGGUGGAAUAAGCUGGUGAAAUAGGUAAUUUGCCUAUUCCAGAAUCAUACUUAAUUUUGUUUUAUUUAUUGACUAGCACGAAUUCAUAAAGAAAUCUUUAUCUGUCGAUACGGGCUACAGUUUUAUCACGAAUACUGGUUGAGCAGUUUUUCAUCAGUGGAAUAAAGGCGCGCAGAACUCGAUUUAGCGUUCCCGUCGUGUUCAGUGUUAGCAGUAUUGUUCAGCUGGAAGGCAGGUGAAAAGCAUGGGGAACCGUUCGACGAUUAUGCUGCAGCGCAGCGACAUCGAGGAGAUCCAACGUGAAACCGGCUUCACGCCCAACCAGAUCGUCCGCCUAUACAGCCGUUUCACCAGUCUGGACAAAUCUAACUCGGGCUCCCUGAGUCGUGCGGAUUUCCUGCGUAUCCCCGAACUGGCCAUCAAUCCCCUGGGCGAUCGUAUCGUGCAUUCCUUCUUCCGUGACUGCCCCGAGGAUCAGGUGAAUUUCCGCCAGUUCGUCAACAUCCUGUCUAUAUUCCGUCCGGUGAAGCGUAAUUCCCAUCUGGACAGUAAUAGCAAGGAGAAGAAACUGCGUUUUGCCUUCCAGCUGUACGAUCUGGAUGAGGAUAAUCGUAUAUCGGCCGAUGAGAUCCUGGCUGUCCUGCAGAUGAUGGUGGGCGUCAACAUUCCCGAUGAUCAGCUGGAGAGUAUUGCCGAGCGGACCCUGCAGGAGAACGACACGGAUCACGAUGGGUUCAUCUCGCUGGAGGAGUUCAUGGCGGCCAUGGGCGAGUCGGAUGUGGAUAAUCGGCUGUCGUUGCGUUUUCUCAGCUAAAUUGAAGACAGAUUAUGGGAGUCUUUAUUUUAUGGCCUUCUAGUGGGUGUGGCGCAUCCUGUGGUUGAGUCGUACGUCUUAUUCUGGUUGGUUGAGUUUGUUUAUGGCAUCAUUGGCAUGGUACACACACUUCGCAAUCUCGAAAGCUUUUAACUAAUUUUUGCGAUUUUCUUGACUUUAGAGCUGUUUUGUUGUUGUUAUUCUCGCGUUGUGAACUAACUGAAAAAAUAAAAAUGGCCAAACCUUGA